CGUGCGCAUCCAACUGAAGACCUUGUCUUCUUGUACACUCAAACAUCCUGUCGUCACUAAUUACCACAGCCACAAAGUCUUAAACCCCGUCUAUUUAUACAAUUUAUCUUCAUAACAUCUGGAUUUUAAACCUAACGAAAAUAAUAAGCCUUAUGCAUAAUCCUAACCUUAAAUUAAGACCAAUAAGACCAUUUAUUUCAUACAUUUUUGCUAUAGACAAUUUUGACUUUGUGUUUGUAGUAACUAGUGGAAACCCAAACAUCCGGAUUCCAAAGUCAUAUGACUAGCCGCCAGCGCACUGUCAUUUAAUAGCCUCGCAGCUAGCAGCACACUGUAACGUAGCAGGUAACCGGUGAGUUUCGUUAAUUUAACCAUGGCAACAUUGGUGGGAAACAGGACAAUGGACAUCAACGGACCUGCUGCGGCAAGGACGCACACACAGGCUGUGACCAGAAACUACAUCUCACAACCAAGGCUGACUUAUUCUACUGUGUCUGGAGUAAAUGGACCCCUGGUGAUUCUGGAUAAUGUGAAGUUUCCCAGGUAUGCUGAGAUUGUACAUCUGACUUUACCUGAUGGCACCAGGAGGAGUGGCCAGGUGCUGGAGGUGAUUGGCACCAAGGCUGUCGUACAGGUGUUUGAGGGGACAUCUGGUAUUGAUGCCAAGAAGACGGCCUGUGAGUUCACCGGUGACAUCCUGCGCACACCUGUGUCUGAGGACAUGCUGGGACGUGUUUUCAAUGGCUCAGGCAAGCCCAUUGACCGUGGCCCCACUGUGCUGGCUGAAGACUACCUGGAUAUCAUGGGCCAACCCAUCAACCCUCAGUGCCGUAUCUACCCUGAGGAGAUGAUCCAGACUGGUAUUUCUGCCAUCGAUGGGAUGAACAGCAUUGCUCGAGGUCAGAAGAUCCCCAUCUUUUCUGCCGCUGGCCUCCCCCACAACGAGAUUGCUGCCCAGAUUUGUCGUCAGGCUGGCCUGGUGAAGAAAUCCAAGGAUGUGAUGGACUACAGCGAUGAUAACUUUGCCAUUGUCUUUGCUGCCAUGGGGGUGAACAUGGAAACUGCUCGCUUCUUCAAGUCGGACUUUGAGGAGAAUGGAUCCAUGGACAAUGUUUGCCUGUUCUUGAACCUAGCCAACGACCCCACUAUUGAGCGCAUCAUCACCCCUCGCCUGGCUCUGACCUCAGCUGAGUACCUGGCCUACCAGUGUGAGAAGCAUGUCCUGGUCAUCCUGACUGACAUGAGCUCCUAUGCCGAAGCUCUGAGAGAGGUGUCAGCUGCCAGAGAGGAAGUCCCUGGCCGUCGUGGUUUUCCCGGUUACAUGUACACGGAUCUGGCUACUAUCUACGAGCGUGCCGGCAGAGUGGAGGGCAGGAACGGCUCCAUCACUCAGAUACCCAUCCUCACCAUGCCCAACGAUGAUAUCACCCAUCCCAUUCCUGAUCUCACUGGGUACAUCACUGAGGGACAGGUCUAUGUGGACCGACAGCUGCACAACAGACAGAUCUACCCACCCAUCAAUGUGCUGCCCUCUCUAUCUCGAUUGAUGAAGUCCGCCAUCGGUGAAGGAAUGACCCGUAAAGACCAUGCUGAUGUCUCCAACCAGCUGUAUGCCUGCUAUGCCAUUGGUAAGGACGUGCAGGCCAUGAAGGCCGUGGUCGGAGAGGAGGCCCUCACCUCCGAUGAUCUGCUCUACCUGGAGUUCCUGCAGAAGUUUGAGAAGAACUUCAUCGCUCAAGGCCCCUAUGACAACAGGACCGUCUAUGAGACCCUGGACAUUGGCUGGCAGCUGCUCCGAAUCUUCCCCAAAGAGAUGCUGAAGAGGAUUCCCCAGAGCACCCUGGCCGAGUUCUACCCAAGGGAGUCUGCCGCUCGUCACUGAGCGCCUUCAGCUGCUCCGACCCCCUUAGACUAGUGUUGACCCCCCCCCCCCCCCCCCCCCCCCCCCCCCGACCACUCAGAGAACAGAGCAAUGAUCUCAGCUCCCUCUAGAUGUAUUCUACUGUAUCUGUGUCCAGAAACUCGUAUGGAUAGUGUCUGUGAUUGUAACUGUUCAUUUUGUUCAGAGAUGUGAACUUGCCCUUAAAUCAAAGAAUGAUCCUGUUUAUUUAUUGGGGUAUUUUACUGCUAGGUUUUGUUUAUUGAAUGUUGUCCCCACCUAAACUAAAUUCAACCUUCCAAAAAUAUAAAAACAUCCUAUACAUUCGAGCUUGACAGGAAUUGUUAUGUUCUCUUUUACAUUUCAAUGGCACUUCAUUCACUUAUUUCAGAUGGGGGGAAAUUACUUCUUAACCAUAUCUGAAAUUGUAGGACUUCACCAAAUACCUAGGAGGUCAAAGUGUCAUGACGUACUUUAAUGUAUUAGACCGAACAUCAUUGUUACUUAAAUAUUUACUUUUAUAGGCAUGAGGUAAGGGUUUCGAUAUUUGACAAACUUUUGGGCCACUUGAAAUUGUCUAUUGUAGAUAUAGACCUUUGUGUGAACUGUGAUUGCUUAUUUCUUUUUGGCCUCUGCUUGGUGUAAUUCCUAUCGAAAGAAAAUGAUGUUUACAUUGUUUGCUGUAUGUAUGUGCUGUUAAAAGAAAAAUAAUACUAAACAUUCCCCUGUUGCAUUGUUAAUUCUUUGUUUGCAGAAAUCGGAUCUGUGUGUUUAUUGAUUCCUGUGUUUUCCUGUCCAUAAAUAAAUGUAUUUUAGAAUUA